AGGAAGUUAUUCCAUGGAGGCGUGGUGGGAGUGGCACGGCACUGACCACCCCUUGCUCAUGGCCCUUGCUUGCCGAGUGCUAACUCAGCCGGUGUCUGCAUCCAGCUGCGAGCGCAACUGGGCGGUGUGGGAUACUGUCCACACCGCCCGACGCAACCGGCUGGGUUCAGAAAAGUGCAAGGAUCUGGUUUACGUUGCGCACAACUGGAAGGUUGUGCACAACUGGCACAUGGCCGACGAGGGGGCGGGGGUGGUGUCCGCGUAUAUACGCUAGCGUAUAAUACGCUUGCGUAU